AGCUUUGGGUUCGAAUGCAAGUGAAGUGCCAUGGGCAGCAGUGCCUCGCGCAUCAUCGAGCGCCGAGAUGCGUUCCCUGAGGAGGGUGCAGCAGAGCAGGCGGCCACUGCGGAUCUGAGUUUGGACUCACUGGAGGCGGCGCGCUCGGUGGUCGACAAGUUCUUGGUGGAGGCGUUGCUGGACUCGGCGUUGCGUGGGCUUUACGUGGACUGCGGCUCGGUUGGCUCGGUGCAGCGCUUGAAGCGGCGCCUGGUGGAAGCCGUGCUGUGCGCGGCUCGUGGAGGUGUGGACUUUGGGGUUCCGAAGCCGGCGCUGCGGCUGCAGCAGCAGAUCCACGACGACGGAGACGUGUCCAAGGAACUGCGGGCGUGCCUCAAGGCCGCCGUGGAGGAGCACCUGGUUGUGAACGGGGCCACCACCAUCACCAGUUUCUUGGAAAGCCCCAAGGAGGCCCAGAAAGCAGCCAAGAUUUUGAGGGAGUGGGAGGCGGCAGACAAGGCUCUGCUGCUCCGGUGCUUGCCCACCGAUGCAGAGCUCACCAGUCCUGAGAAAUUGGAGAAAGAUAUGGCGAGGAGGGAAGAUGAGAGGCAAACACAAGUGGGGCCUUUAAAGCUGACUCCUUUGUCGGUUCCCUUGUACCGACGCAGACAAACUUUUUCUUGCUUGAUUUUUGCCCUCCUCCUUCCUGGCUCGAUUCUGAUCAACUGCAUAUUCUUGUGGUAUUGGAAGUACACUUGGUACUUCCUGGUUCCGUAUUAUGUGUACGUGGCAAUGGACCGCAAGCCUUGGACAGGAGGCCAGCAAGUCCUGGACAGUUGGCGCAGGUUUAGCUUGUGGAAGCAGUGUGCUGGAUACUUCCCAGUCACUCUAAUAAGAGCGAACCUGAACAAAGAGUGCUUCACCCCAGACAAGCCAUACCUGUUUGGGUACCACCCCCACGGUGUUCUGGCCACCGGAGCUGCUUUGGCCUUCGGCAGUGAGGCCUGUGGGUGGUCGGAGCGGUUUCCAGGCCUGACGCCGCGCCUGUGCACGUUGAACCUCACGGUGAGCAUCCCCAUCUUCCGCGAGCUGAUCGCGCCGAUGGGCGUGAUCCCGGCCUCUGAGAGGGCGGUGGCGGCGGCGCUGCGCCCGGGGAACGCCGUGGUUCUGGUGGUGGGAGGCGCCGCGGAGGCCUUGGACGCCUCUUGCGGGAAGUACGUUCUGACGCUGCGCCGGCGCCGGGGCUUCUUCCGGUUGGCGCUGCAGCGCGGCGCCACUUUGGUGCCCACCUUCGGCUUUGGCGAGAACGACAUCUUCGACUUUGUGCAGCUCACCUCGAGGCAGCGCCAGCUGCAGGACGCCUUUAAGAACAUCACUGGCUUCACCAUGCCCCUCUUCCAUGGCCGUGGGGUGUUCUCCUACAACUACGGCAUGCUGCCCCACAGGCGCCCAGUGACCGUGGUGGUCGGGGAGCCAAUUGACAUCAAGGAGAACCCAAACCCUACAAAGGAAGACAUUGACCGUCUCCGUGAAAAUUACAUCAAUUCCUUGACUGCAUUGUUUGAGGAGUACAAGCCACGAUUGGCCGAAAAGAAUGCAGAGCUCAUCAUCAUUUGAGCAACUGCAGUCGCUGGUAGCUUGUCAGGUUUCAGUGCCGAUUUGUACAGCCAGGGUUGUAGGCCCUUUCUCGAUUCAUCGACCGCGCCAAA